AUGGAAUCUACCGAGGUCAACUGUUCAGAGAAUUCAGCUAUUCAAGAAACUACAACAACUAUUACUAUUACUUCUACUACCCCUGUAAAUAAUAUAACUACUGAUAAGACUUCUGAAGAUCAUUAUGAUAUUCAUGAUAAUCAAACUGAAGUAUUAACAAAGACAAUUCAUUCAGAUAUGUGUAAUAGUAAUGAUUUACAAUCAAGUAUUAAUUCUCAUGAAACUACUCCCAAAGAAUCAAAGUUAGAUGAUCAUGAAACAGAAAAUUCACAGAAUCUUAACAAAACAAAUGAAACACAUACUGGAAUAGUGAUAAUAAGAAAUGAAACAAUAAGUCCUCAUACCGAUACAUUCAAUAAUGAAGUGAUCCCAAUAAACACUGAUGUUUCUACAAAAACAAUAGACGAGAUUGAAAUGAACACAGACAAAACUCAUUCAGAGACAAGUCCACAACUACAAGAAAACAAUUUGGAAAAUAAUCAAGAUAAUAAAAUAGAAGUUGAAUUAACUUUAACAAAAAAUUCACCGGAUAUAUCAACCCAUAAAUCGAUUAGUAAUAAUUCAUCAAUAAAUCAAUUAACUGAACAUUAUAUUACAGCACAAGAGGAAUCACUUGUAAAUAAUGAUAAAGAUGAUGAGAAAAAUAGUCCGAAACAUCCACAUCGACCACCUCCACCAAAAUUAAAUCAAACCAAACAUACAUCAGUAUCUCUUUCAUAUAGUGGAGGAGAAAAUGAUGACGUAAUGACCAAAAAUGACAAGCUAAAUGAUCAUUCACAAAUAGAUAGUAAUAAUAAUUAUCAAACUAAUCUGAACAUAUCUGUGAAACAACAACAGAAUGACAGCGAUCUCGACCAGCAUAAACCUCAAUUUAAACGUCCAACAAUCAAAUCAAAUAUUAAACACGUAUUUACUAAUCUAAGGAAAAGUUUUAAACGUAAAGAUAAACCAUCAAUCAAACGUGUAGUUAAUGAUCAUGAUGAAGUUGAGAAUAAUUAUACAUAUACUAGUCAACAACCAAUGACAACCCAUGCAUAUUACAAUGAUCGUAAUAACGAUUAUACUGAUCAUAGACAUAAACAGUUAAAUUAUCCUUCAAGUUCAUCUUCUCAUCACGAAUAUCAUCAUCAGUAUUAUCGAAAUUCCAAUGAAAUACACGAAAAUCAAUCACAAUUAUCCAAUGCACAAUCGUUGAAUAUAUCGAUUACUGAUUCAUUACAACAACUUAAAAGACCAGAAGAAGAUAUUGAUAUAGUAUAUUCUACUGAAAUUAUUGCACCACCAGCAAUUCCAACCAAAAUGUCAUCUGAUCCAAAUAAUCCUAUUUAUGUGAAUCAUUCAAUUAAACCAAAUAGACCACCAACUAUAGAUAGAAAAGAAAAUGAUGCAAAGGAGUUUGCAGCGUCAGCUAUAGUCGACAGUGUGGUAUCCAACAAUGAAACUUAUUGGAAAGACGAAUUGAAUAGUCGAAAUACAACUAUUCAACCAUUAAAAAUGAAUUAUCAACAAUAUUAUAUAACAAGAAGUGAACACUCAACACCUAAUCUAUCGAUUAGAUCACAAAGUUACCCAAAUAAUAAUUAUCAUGAACAGAAGAAGCUUUAUCUAACAUCAGAUUUUCUUUCUACCCAACAUCAGUUAUCGUCACCAAAACCGACACGACCAAGUAAUCCACCACUUCUAUCCCCUAUGGAUCAUCAUCAAAGACAAGAUAGAUUAGAUGAAAAAAAUCAGAUAGGUAUUCGCCGAAUGGAUUUAAUGAAUUCAAUUAAUCCCGGUGACAAAUUUACUGAUUAUGAUCAUGAACAUUUCAACAAUACUGUUGGAUAUUAUAACACAGAGUAUACAGAUUAUCCAACAAGACCUCGUGUUUAUCAACCAACAUAUCAAGCAGCAACUUUAUCAUAUAAUGAAUUUGAUCAUCAUUAUAAUAAUGGUGGUACAUUAAAACCGCGUAAACCAAAAAUUAUUACAGAACGAUAUAAAUGUAGUGAAGUAUAUAAUUGGCCACUAAAAUUUCCAAAAUUAAAACGACAUAAAACCAAUCCACCAAAACAAAUACAUACUGCACAAGAUCAUAUUGUUAUUAAACAACAAUUAAAAACUACAGCAGGAAAUAAUUAUUCACCUAUAAUUCAAAAAACAGAACCAAAUACAGAACAAAUACAUUGUACUAAGGUAAACAAUCAAUAUCAAUCACCGAAUUGCAAAAGAGAAUUAAGUGUUUCGCCAGAACGACAAGUAACUAGUCUUCAUUCAUUACAAAGAUCGACUCUGUUAGAAAAAUCUAAUCGAACACCGGGCACAGAGACACGUGAUCAAUUAUUUAUAGCAGAUUACAAACUAACACCAAACAAUCAGAUUGGAUCCACCAAACCUGAUGCAUUAGCUUUACCAUAUUUCAGUAAAAUGACAGAAAAUAAAUAUUUUUCAAAAUUUCACUAUAAUAAUAAUACUACUACUACUAAUAAUACUAAUAAUAAUACUACUAAUAUUAGUAGUAAUAAUCAUUAUAAUAAUAAUAAUAUUGCUGUAUCUGCUGAAGUAAUGCGUACCGAUUCACCAAAAUCAUUAGCUUCAAUAAAAGAAAUAUUAAAAAAUAUACAUCCAUUAUUAUAUAAUUUAAAUGAGAAUCUAAUUCAUUCAUCUAUAAUAGAUAAUGAUAAGAAUGAAAAUAUGAAAUUAUUUAUUCAUUGUUUAUCAGAAUAUUUAUUUACAUGUAUGAAAUUACGUUCAUUAGAUUUACAUGAUGAAUUUGCUACAUUUGUAUUUCCAUUAAAAAAUUUCAAUGAACAAAUAUGGUAUAAAUAUGGAACAAUUGAUAAUUGGAAUGAAUUAUCAAUUAUUUGUGCACCGAAUACAAAUUAUGAAUAUAUUGUAUUGAAUACAGCCAAUGAAUCUUCACAAAAAAUAAGAUUUCCUAAAAAAACAAUCGAUAAACUAUUAACAAAUUGGUUAGAUAAUCAAACGACAAAAACACCUUCACUUGAAAAUCAACAUUCAAUCGAAAGCAAGAAUAAUACAGAGAAACAUUCUGAUGAUAAAUUACUUCAUUCAAUUAGUUUAGCUGUAACAUUGAAAACUUUAUUAAAUUUAUUUAAAAAACAUGAAGAAGUAGAAAGUGAUGAACAUCAUCCUCAUCAGCAACAACAACAACAACAACAGCAACAACCAUGUGUAGAUCUAUUUCUAACUUGUAUAAAACUUAGUGUAUUACUAAGUUUAAGUGAAUGUUUAGAUAAGAAUAAAUCAAUUCAAUUUAAUUUAACACCAGAACAUAUAUUACUUAUAUUAACACCAUCUAAUUGUUUAACAAUUUUUAAACAUUAUGAAAAAUUGUCAAAUAAUAAACAAAAUGAAAAAUCAGUUAAUAAUAAUGAUGAAAUAGUAUUGAAAGAGCCAAAUGAUCUACAAACAUUAUUAACAAUAAUGAAUAUUCAACAUCAUUCAAUUCAUGAUAGUAUCAAUGAUUUAUUAAAACAAUUAUAUGAAAUUAUUCAACAAAAAUAUCAAUAUACAGAUAUAAUUACAUCAUUAUUAAAAUCAGUUGCACCACCAGAUUGGAUAACAAUGUGUGUAGCUAGAAUAUGUUUAUAUAAUCAAACAAAUUCAUAGAUAAUCAAUUCAAUUUUAAUGUCAUUAUUUAUACACUUUCUUAUAUUCAUAAUCAAUAAAUAAAUAUCCCUUAAAUACAAUGUCAUUCAUACAUAUAACAACC